AUGGCAACCAACGGAAAUCAUUCUCUCGAGGGCAGGUUUCUUCAACUGAAAGAAAUGAGAGGCCUUCUACACCAAGACAGGAAACGUGUAUCUAAAAUUGUUAACAGGUGCAAUUGGUAUAUGUUCAACAACCCUGGAAUAAGAGGCCAAAUUGGGAGCAUAAAGGAGUUUUACAAGCUCUGUCAAACUGCAAUUUCUGAUUACCCACCUGAGCAAGAGAUGCCAAAUGAGGAACUUGCCAAUAAUCCUCCCUCGAAAGGUAGUUUCUACGACAAGUAUUUUCUACCGUACCCAGAAGGUAGUCCAUACUGGUUCUCGAAGCAAGAUCUGAUACCCAGCAAAGACAUCCAUGACGUUCUUGCGGAAGCAUGGAACAGGUGGCAAACCAUAAGCACUCGAGCUACGCAAGUAUACGAAGCCAUAGAAAGUAUCCCAAAACCAAACCGCAUCAAGAAAGUGGUAUGCUUAGGGCUGGGCGCUAUCCUAAGAGCCCGUUCUCCAGAGAAUAACAUACGAAAUUCACUCUGUCCGCGAAGCGUAGCCCAACAUUGCUUGGCAAUAGCCAUCGUCAAGCGGUUAGAGAGGAAUACGGGCAAACAGAUAAGCCUCUACACCUCAGACUUAGCAUACACAGCUCAACACAAAAUUGCCCUUGAGAGAUCGAAUAUCAUUCGAUUUAAUGUACUCGAUCCCAGUUACGGAAAACAUGAACAGUUUCCCAUGAUCGAUGACAACACUAUGCUCAUAGACUUUACUGGACCGCCUGAUUGUCCGACGAUGGCAAUCAUUGAAGAGUACGCACGGCCAGUGGUAAUAAUAGGGCAUGCGGUUCCUCAAACAGGGCCAUAUCAAGAUAGGCAAUGGUUCGAGGUUACAGAGGAGGAUGGUAAUAAGCUCAGAGUGCCUGGAUGCGCAAAUCUACCUCUUCCGGAUGGUAUGAAUAUUGGCGUAUUAUGCCCCAAACGCGUGCGAGAUAUGAUGGUCCAUGAAUACAACAUAGAAAGCAAGUUUCCGGCGGAGGAUCCAGAUCUUGAGCGGAGUUGGGGUAAAAACGAGCUUGUCGAAUAUGGAUCUCGUGAUAACUUCAGUGCUAAUGGGGGCUACUACUGGUUUUCGACGACGCGCAUGUAUAUCCGCAAGGACUAA